CCGCUGUGCGUGGCGGGUUUGAGCGAGCGAGCGAGCGAGCAAGCAAAGGAGCGUCGCCAUCGCAGGUCUGCGAGUCUUUCUAGGUCGGUCAUGGCGUCCCCGUCGCGGAGGCUGCAGACCAAGCCGGUCAUCACUUGCCUCAAGAGCGUCUUGCUCAUCUACAGCUUCGUAUUCUGGUUCUCUGGCAUCAUCCUUCUGGCAGUUGGCAUCUGGGGGAAGGUAGGCCUGGAGGUGUAUUUCUCCCUGUUAAAUGAGAAGGCUACGAACGUCCCCUAUGUCCUCAUUGGCACCGGCACAGUUGUCGUCCUCCUAGGCACCUUUGGUUGUUUUGCCACGUGUCGGGGAAGCACAUGGAUGCUGAAAUUGUAUGCCAUGUUCUUAACUCUCAUCUUCCUUGUUGUGCUUGUGGCUGCCAUUGUGGGCUUUGUCUUCCGACAUGAGAUUAAAGACAGCUUCAAGAAUAACUUUGAAGCUGCUGUGAAUUCCUAUGAUGGGACCAAAGAUGAACGCAGCAAGGCGGUUGAUACCAUUCAGAGCACAUUGCACUGCUGCGGUGUCUCGGACUUCACCGACUGGAAUCAAACUGCCUAUUUCAAACAGAAAGGGAUUCCUAUGAGCUGCUGCAAGUCUCCGGGGAAUUGCACGAUAGACGAUUUGAAGAAUCCAGCAGUAGCAAAGGGGAAGGUGUAUGAGCAUGGUUGUUACAGUCUUGUGAUACAGACAAUGGACUCCAAAAUGAGCAUUGUAGCAGGGAUCUCCUUUGGUGUUGCUUGCUUCCAGCUGGUCGGGAUUGUCCUUGCCUGUUGCCUGUCCCGGUCCAUCACAAAUAAUCAGUACGAGAUGGUGUAACUAGCAAGCCUGCAGGCUUGCAACUCACUACAAGAAUUUUGGGACACUUUAUAGUAAAUUAUACAUAGUUUUGGGAACCCACUCCCUGGAAGGCUCAAGCUGCUGAAAUCGUGUUUUAUCAGACUGCUCUCAACCUGUUUCACUGGAGAGGACUGGAUGUGACGACAGGUGUACUCUGCUUUAUGAUGAUGUUGUUGUGCCAUUGUGAAGGAGUGCUGAAAGGGACGAUUUGUGUAGGGUAGGUGUUUAGCACAGCUCCUCCAGGCAGGGGUGCUGGCUGGCUGGCAAGCUGACUGCAUGGCCCCAGCUGCGCUGUGCAUUGUGGAAUUUGUCUUCCUCUGUAGCUUGCAAAUUCUUGAGCACACUAGCUUUAAAAAAAGGGUGGGGUGGGGGAAGAGGGUUUCUGGUAGAGCUGUCCACGGAGUAAAGAAAGCUUAGUUGCCUAGUCAUCUACAUUUAAAAUUCUAUUCCUUCAAAUACGCAUUGUUUUAAAACUCCUAGUGAUGUAAGCACGAUAACUUAGAAUUUCAGAAAAAUGCCUUUUCCUUCAGUGUGUUUCAUUUCCCUACGGCAGAAACAACCGGAACCAAAGUAGCCUGAGAAAAAAUAACACUAACUUCCAUUUCUUCACAGCCCCUCCAGUUAUGUCUUCCUAAUUUUAAGGCUGUGUUUAGGUAGGCUGCUCUUGCUGACGACUUGGAGGCUUCAGCCAGUGCAAAAUGCUGAGACCCUGCUUUCCGAAGGAGGUUGUUCAUGCAGAGCACACAAUAACCAGUGCUUCAGUGCCCUUGCCGGCUCCUUGUUCCCUUCUGAGACCAGUAGAAGACGCUGGUUAAGAACACUAAUUCCCCAAUAGCCCAAGCCCUGCUUACAUCAGAGACUACCUCCCCCCCCUCUCUUUUAAGAACACCCCCCACCUUACCUUUUAAGAUCAACCAACAAUGUUCUCUUAAAGUACACUGCAUACUGUAUCAUGUUGGCCGUGCUGGGCACAGAGCUGCUCUUAGUGUUUGAAUUCUAUUCCUUUGAGAUUUGUCUUCUUGAAAGUCUGUGAAACGGUUGGUUGACCCUAAUAAAUAUUUCAUUGGAAGUGGUCUGAGUGCCCUCUCCAAGAUCCUAGCUUUUUGAUGGUCCAGGGUAGGGUAUAAGGAGUGCAUGGUUAGAUGCUCUUAAGAUGGAAAUAGGAUGGGCUAGAAGUCCACUGGGUGCUUUGCCUCACAGUCAGCCCAUGGCUCUGCCAUUUGGUUUUGGAUGUCGUAGUGAAGUAAAGCAGCUGGUGUAACACUAAGACCACAUUUGCACAGCUCAGAUGAAUUGACUCUUAAGGCUGCACUCCUAAACUCCUUUACCAUGGAGCAGUUCCCAGCGGGACUAAACCUCAGAGUAGCCGUAGCGUAGGAUUGCAGUGUAAAGAUGCUUGAAGUCCUGCAUUUUUACUGGAAAUCAAAAGUGAGGAGGGAGCAGAAGCAUCUGUUGGAAAAAGGAUCACCUGGUCCUUUCUGGGUUGCCAGGGAAGGGGGCUACUCUUACCCUUUUCUAGGGUUCCUCCCCAAAUAUCUCCAAAUGGUGUACCUCGUUUGCUCAUGUGAACACGGCCAAAAUAACUUAUUCUGCUGAGUGCUAGUUCUCGGUAGGGUUUUUCACAACUGCUUUCUUUCUUUGGAAAGCAGCCUCCUAGCUUUAUAGGCACAUAAAAUGCCCUGCUGAAGGUAGCAGCUCUUGCUCGUUCACUGCAGUUUUUUCUCUGCCUCACUCUCCCCUUCCCUGAAAUUGGAGCUGGGAGGAGCAAAAAAAGGGAAUUGUGUGUGGGUGUGUGCCUGUUGAAAUAAGCACAGCCUUUUCAGCCUACCUCCUCAUCCUACCCUGAAUUAUCCUCUCCCGGACUUGAGAUUUUGAUACAGCAUUUUUUUUAAAUGUAUUUUCUUAAAGCUUUGUAAAAUUGGGCUAGAGUGAUUUUUUUUUUUUUUUUGGUGUGUGUGUGCGUGCGUGCACUGCGAGGCUCUGCAGCAGGAUAUCUUUAGCCUUCGCAGUCCCUGCCCCGCUGGGUUCAGUAUGAUUUCCAUCAUCAGUAUUACACGACACUUUGGACACAUGUCGUUGUUUUUGUAUUAAAUAAGAAAUCCUUCUUGUCUUGAAAACAGAAUAAACAAUUGCAUACUUCCAUUCUG